AUGACGAGAAAUGGCAAGGGCCGGUCAAAAUAUAGAUUUCCCGGGCCGAAAUGUUGCCCCAGUCCGCCCCUGAACAAAGCUGUCGUAAAUGCUUGUCAAACAAUAGGAAUAGGACAUUCUCAAAUGUCAGAACUAGCAGCGUCGUUAGAAAUGCCAUCAUUAUCAUGUAAUGCAUUUCAUAGACUACAAACCGAAGUAGGAACUAUUCUAAAAAAUUCUGCAUUUGACGAAAUGAAAAAAGCUGGCGACGAGGAACGCAAAAUGGCAUUAGAAUGCGGAAAUGUCGAUAGUGAUGGAAUUCCCAUGUGUACCGUAGUAGCCGAUGGACAGUGGUCCAAACGAUCAUACAAAACUAAGUAUGAUGCUCUGUCUGGAGUGGCAACUAUAAUUGGACUUAAAACACAAAAAGUGUUAUUUGUUGGUAUCCGUAACAAAUACUGUAUGAUAUGUCAAAAAUAUAAUUCAAAAAACAUAAAGGUUCCUGAACAUGAGUGUUUUUUGAAUUGGACAAAACCGUCAACCGCUAUGGAGGCAGACGGAGUACUUGAAGGUUUUACAAAAAGCAUAGAAAUGCAUGGUUUAAAAUAUAAUCAACUCAUUGGAGACGGAGAUGGCAAUACAGAGUUUCCCUAUUUGGCAGCAAGUCCAGAUGGUCUGAUUGGGGAAGAUAGUGCAUAG